AUGAGUGGCCGGUUCAUCUCCGCCUCUAGACCCAGGGCGCUCAUGUCUCUAUGGGGGUACUGCGUGUGUCUGCUGGGCUGGAGCGCCACUUCCUCCUCCUCCUCCUCCUCUUCCUCCACCGGGACGGGCUUCAGCGGAGCCAACGGGCCCCUGGGCUGGCUCCUGUCCGACAAGGGUCCCUUCCACCAUUCGCAGGAGUUUACAGACUUUACGGAGAGGUACCAGCAAGGGUUCACCACCAAGUACAAGAUCUACAGGGAGUUUGGUCGCUGGAAGGUGAACAGCCUGGCCCUGGAGAGGCAGGAGAACAGCGGCUACUCUUUCCCUCUGGACCCAGACUUCGUGCAGACCAUCAGGCAGCUGGGCAGGAGACCCAGCACCACCGCCAUCACCGACAGCAUCAUCCGGAAGUACGGCACACACUUCCUCCUCUCCGCCACGCUCGGAGGAGAGGAGUCUUUGAUGAUCUUCGUGGACAAGAGGAAGCUGAGCCGAGCGCCGGAGGGCUCCGAGUCCAAUAACACGGCGGUCACUCUGGAGACCCUGCACCAGCUGGCCGCCUCCUAUUUCAUCGACCGCGAGAGCACCCUGCACAAGCUGCACCACAUCCAGAUCGCAUCCACUGCCAUCAAGGUGACGGAGACCAGGACGGGCCCCCUCGGAUGCAGUAACUAUGACAACCUGGAUUCUGUCAGCUCCGUUUUGGUCCAGAGCCCCGAAAACAAGAUUCAUUUGCAAGGCCUGCAGUCGGUGCUUCCUGAGUACCUGAGGGCCCGGUUCGUGGAGGCGGCUCUGAGCUACAUUGGCUGUAACGAGGAGGGCUCUCUGGUGUGCCGGGACAAUGACUGCUGGUGCGCGUGUGGACCCGACUUCCCCCACUGCAACUGCCCCGCCGUGGAGCUCAAAGCCAUGGAGACCAGCCUGCUGCAGAUCCGGGAGGCCUGGACUCUAGCCAACCACGACUUUGAGGAGUCAGAGGAGUUCCAAAACUUCGUGCGGAAGCUGCCCACGUUCUACGCCCUCAACACGUCGGCCAUUCAGUUCUUCUGGAAGUCGGACGCCGCCGUGCACCAGCGCUACCGGCAGCUGGAGGUCAACGCCCAGCAGCUCUUGAGCAAGGCGCGUCGCAUCGUCCACAAGCUCUUCACCCUGAGCAAGAGGUGCCGCAGCCAGCCCAAGAUCGUCAUGCUGAGGGAGAGACCCUUCAGCUACUGGCUCCACUACAUCCUCUCCAUCAUGUACUGCAGCGAGAACAACCACAUCGGCUCUUACCUGGAGGAGACCAAGUCCUGCUCCUGCCCGUACGAACACCCGCCCUGCCAAGGCAUCAUCCCCUGCACCGUGGGGGAGGGCACCGCCUGCGCCUCCUGCUCCUACGAAAACCGCUCCCGAUGCGCCUCCUGCAACCAGGGCUACAUGCUCAGCCAGGGGGUCUGCCGAAACGAGGUCCCGGACUCCACCGACCACUACAUCGGAUUCGAGACGGACCUGCAAGACAUGGAGAUGCGCUUCUUGCUUCAGAAACGGGACAACCGCAUCAGCAUCCACGGGAUUUUUGUAAGCAACGACGUGCGGCUGAACAACUGGUUCGAUCCGUCGUGGCGAAAGAGGAUGUUACUGACGCUGAAAAGCAACAAGUACAAAUCGAAUCACGUGCACAUGCUUUUGGGGAUGUCUUUGCAAGUUUGCCUUACGAAGAACACGACGCUGGAUCCCGUCAUGUCCGUGUACAUAAAUCCGUUCGGAGGGAGCCAUUCGGAAAGCUGGAUCAUGCCGAUCGACCAAACGCCGGACUAUCCGACUUGGGAGAGGACUAAAUUAGACCUUCCGUACGAUUGUUACAACUGGACUUUGACUUUAGGAAAUAAGUGGAAAACCUUUUUUGAAACCGUGCAUUUUUACCUUCGAAGUCGCGUCAAGGGACCAUCGCCCAACGGUAACGGGACAAUAUACUACGAACCGUUGGAGUACAUCGAACCGGGUCGCAAUCUCGGAUAUAUGAAAAUCAACAGCAUCCAAGUCUACGGCUACAGUAUGCAUUUCGAUCCGGAGGCGAUACAAGAUUUGAUUUUGCAGUUGGACUACCCGUACACUCAGGGAUCUCAGGACUCCGCACUUUUGCAACUUUUGGAAAUCCGCGACCGGGUGAACCGUCUGUCGCCGCCCGGCUCGCAAACCUUGGACCUUUUUUCGUGUCUUUUGCGGCACAGACUGAAACUUUCCACCACAGAUGUCGCGCGGAUCCAAGCGGCGCUGCAGACUUUCAGUGCCAAACAGCCCAACUCCAUUGAAUACGAAACAACCAAAUUAUGUAGCUAA